AUGAGUGUAGCCGAGUCCUUCCCGCAAAUUUUAUUGCUGUCGUCCCGCACCGAGGAAGACAUGUCUCGAAUUUUGGAGAAAGCCAAAACAUCUAAGAACACUCCUGAGUUUGCAGCGCUCUUAAACGGAGUCUUCGAAAAUGAGUUGAAAGGUCAUAUGUACAGAGGAUAUAUAAUCAAGCAAUCUGAUGGGACAGUUUCUCCACCCAAAAGUCAGCAAAUCGAUGGUAGUAAACGGCCAAUCUGGUGGGUGUUCUCAGGAAUGGGUUCCCAAUGGAAUGCUAUGGGUUCCUAUCUAAUACACAUUCCCAUAUUCUAUGAUGUCAUCGACAGAUGUGACAGAGUUCUAGCCCCGCAUGGAGUAGAUAUCAAGCAUAUCCUGACUUCUACCGAUGAAAGAAUCUUCGAUAAUAUCCUCCACUCUUUCGUUGGCAUCACUGCUGUUCAGAUAGGCUUGGUUGAAAUUCUCAGAGCUCUAGGAUUGGAGCCGGACUUUAUUUUAGGUCAUUCGGUUGGAGAGCUUGGAUGUGCUUAUGCAGACAACUGCAUGACUCUUGAGCAAACGAUUUUAGCUGCGCACGCAAGAGGAAGAGCCUCCUUGGAGACGAAUCUCAUUCAAGGAAUGAUGGCCGCCAUAGGUUUGGGAUCCCAUGACAUCGUUGGCAAGAUACCAAAGACGAUCGACGUGGCUUGUCACAACUCCUCAACAAGCUGCACCAUCUCCGGCCCGACGGCAGACGUGGAACAAUUUGUCGGAGAUCUGAAAGCCGGUGGAGUGUUCGCGAAAAGCGUGAAUGUGGCCAACAUUGCCUACCACUCGCGGUACAUACAGCCAGCAGCUCCAGUAUUACUCAAAUAUUUGAGGGAGGUCAUCACAACAAACACAAAACGGUCGCCGAAGUGGAUCAGUAGCUCAGUCCCGCGAAAUAACUGGCUGACUAAUUCGGCUUUGUACAAUUCUCCAGAAUACCACACGAACAAUCUGCUGAGCCCCGUCCUUUUCGAGGAGGCCAUAAAAAACAUUCCGCAAAACGCUGUCGUCAUCGAAAUCGCGCCGCACGGCCUGCUCCAGGCCAUUCUCAAGAGAGCGCUCCCGGACACCGUAGCCAACAUUCCUCUGACGAAGAGGUUCAGCUCAAGCCAAGAAGUCAACGGUGUCGAGUUUCUCCUCAACGCUAUUGGCCAGUUAUACAUGCUCGGAUUUCAACCUAAAGUAUCCAGGUUAUACCCUGCUGUGGAAUAUCCAGUCCCAUGCGACACCCCGAGUCUUCAGCCGUUUGUAACUUGGGAGCAUUCUGAGACAUACGCUAUUCCAGAUUACUUGAAAAUUUUCUCUGCAAAAUCUGGCGAAUGUGAGCAGCAGAUAUCGACAGCGAAAAUCACAGAGGCUCUCUCUAGGUAUGAAGCCAACGGAAAUCCGGUUUUUCCGCUUUCCUUCUUCUUGGUGGAGGUUUGGAAAAUUUUGGGGAAUGUUCUUCACAAAUCCUUCACAGAUAUUUCAAUUGCUUUCGAGGGAGUUCAUACUCAUACUGAUCCAGAUUCUUCAAUUCAUGAUUCCAGUGAAAUUUGGGUCUCCGUUUUACCGGGCUCUGGAGACUUUGUCGUAACCCUUGAAUCAAGAAAAGAAGGGAAAAACACAGUCGAAGAAACCAACAAAAUGCUUUACAGCGGAAAAAUCAAAGCUUUAGAAAAUCCAAGGUACGAUUCAAAAUUUAAAGAGCUUUCCAUGAAUAACGAAGCACUGCGAACUGUAGAUUUUGACUCUAUUAACAGAUGUUUCUCGAGUAAAAUCAAUGAUGACCAAAGUUAUGCUGGAACGCGCAUUUUCGAGUUACACGAGUGCCAAAGAGGUUUGUCGGGAGAAAUUGUGUGGAACAAAGACUGGGUGGUGAACUUGGAUUCAAUCCUCAAAAUAAACGCAUUCAAGGAUGGUCAUUUGGAAAAGCCUGUAUCUGUGCAAUAUUUGAGGAUACUACCGGGCCAGAUGCAUACUAUUGAGACAGGUUCAAAGGUUGACUUUAUUUUUGACUCAACACUUCACUACUUUGAAUGUGUGGGCGUAAAGGUCGAUGGAGUGAAAACGCAGCACUCAGAAAUAAAAUCAAUCAGCGAUGAAGUUACUGAGUACCUCCAUUUUGUCCCGUAUGGCAAUACCUCGUUCUCGUCCAGCACUUUAAAUUUGUUCUUGAUGUUUAAAACAAUUACUCAUUCCCAGACAGAGUACGAAUUUCUGCUGGCAUGUCUUCAACUGAUUAAGGAGAACGCUACGGAUGGCACUGCUGACUCCAUGGGCACGGUUAAAAUUAACGUAACACAAAGAAAAUCAAAAGCCGGGGAGCUGAUGUUUGGCCUCCUCAAAUAUAUUCUUCAAAUUCAAGAUAUGGAUCAACAUGUGGAAUUGGUGCGAAUGGAACCGCGAAAUGGCUGCGUGUCAGCCUCUAAUACAUAUUUAUCGAUUUUGACGGAGCCGAAAUCAUUCCUACAACUAAUUCACAUGAAGAACUUUAAGAACGCGUAUCUUUUCACCACGAUGCCAAAAGAUGUGACGCUCCAAAGCGUCAUAGAUUAUGCAGCUGCAAACGGACAAGACUAUGUCAUUCUGUACGAGCAAGUCUUUGAUACAAAAAGGUUCGGCCUCUUAAAAAAGAUCGAUGUAAAUGAAAAAUUUAGAAUUUGUGAGGUUACUAAAAACUGGAGCUCAAGUGUUGAAGCUUUGAAGUAUGACACACAUUAUGGAGAUGAGAGUAUUAUUCUUUUGUUCAACCGAUCACCGUUAGCUAACCCCCUGGUCAUAACCCAAGAAAUAUUGAAAGAAAUCAGCGUGUCAAAUGUGAAAUGCUUUCUGUCAUGGGGUGAAGGCUUGCCACCGUUCUCUGUGGACCGCAAUUUCUACAGUGAGCAAAUUAAGAGAGGGAUGGUAAUCAACGUGUUGGUGAACGGCCAAUGGGGUACUUACCGUCGACAAAGUAUUCCACAACAGCAAGCUAAUCUAACUCAAGUGUUGCAUCUUCUCGAACAGUCUUUAGAAGGAGUCAGCGUUAAUUUUGUCAGCCCUGUUCUAAAUACCGAGAUCGGUCACAGUAUUCUAGAUUAUGCUGGAAUCACUAGUUCUGGUGAGCAAGUCGUGGGUAUCGCGCAAAGUGACGAGCAAGGUGCCAAAAGUAUCAAACUUGAUCCGGUAUUUCAGUGGAAACUGCAAGACAACGUAAACCUGGAGGAUGCUGUCACCAUGCCAUACGCUUACCUGAUGGCUCAUCUCGCCUUGUUAGAUUUUGUCAAGCACGAGGGGAAGAAAACCGUGCUAAUACACAGCGGUCACAAGCCGGUUGGAGUAGCCUGUAUCGCAGUUGCUCUCAGCGCUGGCCACACUGUGUACACAACAGCGCCUGACGCAUUGGGUAUGGAGACCAUCAAAAGUCUUUUUGGUCAGAUACCAGCAUCACACAUCACCAACUACAACAGCGGGGACUUCUUUGUGCCCUUGAUGCUCGGGACCAACGGAAGAGGCGCCGACAUUAUCGUGAGUGACUUACCACGCGAGGAAAUGAUCGCAUCUUGGCAUUCAGUCGCCCAAUAUGGAUGUUUCGUCAACCUGAACGAAGAAAUGUCUGCUGCACAUGCUCAGCUUCCGAUGAGCCAAUUCCUCAAGUCUGUCAGUUAUUUCAGCUACUCCAUGUCAGAUAUCCUGUUUCUGCCCGAUUAUCGCAAGAACCAGCUACACAGAUCGGUCGACGAGUUCCUGAAAUCGAAACAGGCCGUUGCUAUUCCACACAAAACGGCAUCUAUCGAUGAGAUGCAGUAUCGACCAGGACUAAUUAAAACGACUCAAAAGGAGAGAGCGAAACUCGUUCUCACAAUACCAACUACACAUCUGUGCCAUAAUGAUCAAGGAAAGAUAGAUCAAGGGUGCAAGUUGACUCGAUACGAUCCGGAACAGGUCUGCCUUAUUUUAAGUUCCAAUUUAAAGAGGUCUGCCUCCUUAAUCGAAUGGCUCCUAGAUCGCAACGUAAACACAAUCGUGUUGGCAACGACAGAAUCAAUCGGCAGCUCACACGCCGCUCGAAAAAUCAACGAACACGUAUCGAAACAAAACGCAUCCGUUCUCAUGACGUCAGCCGGCAAGGCCCGAUCUCCAUCCGGUGCCGAAGAGCUUUUAGCGCAAGCCACGGUGCUUGGGGAGGUCACGGCAAUUUAUUCAGUGGCAUUUGACAUGGAUACCGAGAUCGUUAAAAAUAUCCAAAAAGCCGCAAGGAAGCUGAACAAGUCUUGUUCUAUCAUAAAUAUUUGGGAUGAAACCAGCGCAUUCUCUUUUGAAGACUCGAUUUCAGUCGUUUGUGAUAGCCAUCUUGACUAUACCCAAGCUCUCGACCAGGCCUCCCUCCUUUCCACGGGGUCUAUUGUGUGUGUCACCAAGAAGAGGACGAAAACCAUUCAGCCAAGAAAAAAAGAUGACAGUGAAAUUCUAGCGGAUAAGAUCACUGAUUAUUUGCCUUCAUCUUUAGAAGAAUUGGAUAUGAUUGGUCAGUGUUUAUCAGCAAAAGAUACCGUUACUUCAAGCGAGGAAUGUGCCAAAUUUUUUCCAGUUCCUUCCAGGGCAAUCUCCGAGAUCAGCGGAACUGACACAAGGCCUGUCUUUCUGAUCCCUGCUUUUUGCGAGACGCAAUUACGGCCGCUUAUUUCUAGAUUAAUGUAUCCCUGUUUUGUUGCUCAUAUUCACCACAAAGCUCCAUCGAUCAACCAAGUUGUUUUGAAUCUUUUGAGGUCAGCUUUUCAAAUCCAAAAGCUAGGACCUUUUACUAUCAUUGCCGAGACAUGGAGUGGUGGUAUAGGGAUGUUGCUGUCAAGGAUUCUCACCGACUCAGGCCACGAGGUGUCACUCUUCUUGCUCCAAGGGGUCCCCUCUAGAUUGUGCUCGAUGCUCCCAUCACAUGAUCUAAAUGAGUUCCUGGUCACAACGCUAAUAGGAAUCAAUGCAGAGAACAACAAACAUAACCCCAACAAAUAUGAUGAGUCAGAAUUGUUAGAGAACGCAUUUAACCUCUUGACUCCAGACAACAAGAAGUUCUACGCGGUUCGAGCAUUCAAGGCCGUCAAGAAAAGUCUAGAAUUCUUGCGUGAGUUUGCUGGAUCAUCCAUAAAAUUGAGGAGCAAAAUAUUUUUAAUUGAAAAUGAAAACCUCAACCAACUCACGUCUAAGGAAAUUGAACAGAUGUCUGAAAAAAUCGUUGAGGUGAUCAAAUUGAAGAGAAAAACCUAUAGAGAGUUGAUCAUAGAUCCAACCGUUGCGACCACAAUUUCAAGAGAAGCUCCUUUUUCGUGGAAUAUACAAUAAAACCAUCGGAAAUAUAACCUUAAUGAACCUA